AAAUAAAAAAUAAGUAAAAAAUUAGAAGAAAAAGGUAACUGAGGCGAAAGAAGGAAAUGUCGUCAAUCGAAGAUGAGGAUUUGCGUCGCCGGAAACUGGAAGAGGCACUCGAAGUUAAAUCCCUCCGCCGUAUCAUUAGCGCUUAUCUCAAGUCUACUAUUUAAUAGUUUAUUUACUAUCCUAGUCAUUGAUUCAAUGAUUAAGAAUCCCAGUAAUGUAGCUUGAGUUUUUAUUGGGUUCUCAACUCAGUUAUCCAGAGGCUGCUGAGGAAGAUAUCAGAAGAUAUGAAAGAUGCUUCAGGAGGCUCCCACUUGCCCACAAGGCACUGUUGUCACACCUUCCUCUGAAGUUUCAGAAACUCAGAUGAUACAUCAAUAUGUAUUAUGAAGAAUAUCAAUGAAGGAGAAUGGAAAUAGGGAUGUACCUGUAAAGACUAAUGUUCUGUGUACUGAUUCUGGUGUUAUGUCUUGCAGGCCUUUGAUCCUCCUCUUGAUAUGAGUGUGGACAUUGACAUUUCUGAGGAUCAUGCAAUUGCAAAUGCCCCAUUUAAACAACUUUCUUCUACUGAAAUGAACCUCCGUCCUUAUCAAUCUGACUCAAAUAGCACCCUACUACAUAAUGCAAAAGUUGAUGAACUUAGCUCUGGGGAAGGUGGAGCAAAUGAGGCUCCUAAACCUGAAACUUUCAAUGAGGAGAAGAAAAUCCAAUCAUUGAGCGAAAACGUCGGGAAUUGUUCUGUAGCCUCCGAGCGUAAUGGAAUGGUAAAAAGUGGUGAUGCCAAUAGUUAUCAGAGUGUUAAAAAUUCUCCACCAUUAUUUUCUACACAUUGUUGUGAUGGACAUGCAUCAUCAUCGCCUGAUUGGUUGGAUCCAUCAUUGCAAUUUCAUGUUCCUUUGGUUGAUGUAGAUAAGGUUCGAUGCAUCAUAAGGAACAUUGUCAGAGAUUGGGCAGCUGAGGGUCAGCAGGAACGUGAUGAGUGCUAUAGACCAAUUCUUCAAGAGCUUGACCGACUUUUUCCACAUCGUUCUAGUGACAGCAGUCCUCCUGCAUGUUUAGUUCCAGGUGCUGGACUUGGGAGGUUGGCAUUAGAAAUCUCAUGUUUGGGUUUCAUAAGCCAAGGGAAUGAGUUCUCAUACUACAUGAUGAUAUGCUCCAGUUUUAUACUAAAUUACUCUCAAAUUUCUGAGGAGUGGAAAAUAUAUCCAUGGAUCCACAGUAAUUGCAAUUCACUUUCUGACAACGAUCAACUUCGCCCUGUUUCUAUUCCAGACAUUCAUCCAGCAAGUGCAGGGAUUACUGAAGGUUUCUCAAUGUGCGGAGGUGAUUUCAUCGAGGUCUAUAAUGAUCCAAGUCAAGUAGGAGCCUGGGAUGCAGUUGUGACUUGCUUCUUUCUUGAUACGGCACACAAUAUUGUGGAAUAUAUUGAGAUAAUCUCUAAAAUUCUUAAAGACGGGGGUGUGUGGAUCAAUUUGGGACCCCUGCUUUAUCAUUUUGCAGAUACGUAUAAUCAAGAAGAUGAGAUGUCAAUUGAGCUGAGCUUGGAAGAUGUAAAGAGGGUUGCCUUCCACCAUGGAUUUGAAAUGGAGAAGGACUCAACCAUUGCCACAACUUAUACAACGAAUCCAAGGUCGAUGAUGCAGAACCGAUAUUAUGCUGCAUUUUGGACAAUGCGGAAGAAACCACCGACACGCAUAAGUGUACCGGAUGUGGUGAAAAGCACUGUGCAUAAUUUGUAGUCUACCUUAGUUAAAACGUUUUAUGUUAGUAUGGUGUAAAAGCACUCUUUAUUAGAACAGAAUGUCUCUCGUGAGUUUUUACUUCCCUUGAAUCUAUUGCUGGGAUUUGAGGCUGAAUUAAUGCGGAAGCAGUUUGUUUUUUUUUUCUUUUCCAUAUUUGGUGUUUCAAAUUUACUAAUUAUUGAUUUGUAAAGGAUCAAGGUGUGAUUACUUUCAAAUGUAUCGUAGUUUGUGUUGGUGUG